CAGUUUUUUAUUUCAAAUGAUAAGUAAUGAAAUUAGAUUACACAUACUAAGGUAAUUUCUCAAUAUUGUUUAAAAUGUUCUAUAACUCAAGGUUACAAAAGUUCAAACUGUAAUCAGAAGUAGUGACAUCAUAGUAUGAUAGGUCUGAGGGUAUAAAAUCUCUGUCCACUUUAAGAAGCUCCUUAGUUUUCUGGGAUAUAUCAAGUAAUCAUAUUCUUAUUGACUUCAUAUAUGAAAUACGGUUGUUUAUAUUUCGAAACCUACUUAUAAAUUCAUAUAUCGUUUCAUGCUUAAAAUUUAUUAUUUAUCAUGUUAUGUACAUUGAAAAUGAAAAAGUGUUCAAGAUUGUUCAAUAGAAACAAUGUAAUUCGACAUACACGUAAAUUAACAUUAAACAAUUUGUCUAAGGGAAAACUUGAACAAUUAUUGUCACAACAGGAUGAAUUUCAAGCCAGACACAUCGGACCUCGUGAACACGAGCAAUUACAAAUGUUGGAAACUGUUGGAUUUAAGACCUUAGAAGAAUUAACGAAAGCAGUAGUUCCAACUAAGAUCCUAUACAAAGAAGAAUUAAAGAUUGAGCAACCAGUUACUGAAUACGAAUUAUUGAAAAGGAUUACAAAAAUUUCGGAAAAGAAUGACGUAUGGCGUUCAUAUAUCGGUAUGGGCUAUCAUAAUUGUUGCGUUCCUCAUACUAUUAUGAGGAAUAUAUUCGAAAAUCCAGGAUGGACAACACAAUAUACACCUUAUCAGCCAGAAAUAUCGCAAGGUAGACUCGAAGGUCUCUUAAACUAUCAAACAAUGAUAUGUGAUUUAACUGGAAUGGAAGUAGCAAAUGCAUCCCUUUUGGACGAGGGUACAGCAGCAGCGGAAGCUUUGGCUCUUGCUUACAGGAGUAACAGAAGAAAAAAGUUGUUUGUUUCCGAUAAAGUUCAUCCUCAGACUAUCAGCGUUAUUUCUACGCGUGCUAAUUCUCUCGGUCUUACUUUUGAAAUUGGAGAUGUUCAUCAAGUCGAUACCAGCGCAAAAGAUAUUGCCGGUAUUCUUUUACAAUAUCCUGAUACAACUGGCUCCAUUUAUGAUUUCAAAGACAUUGUGCAAAAGGCACAUACAGAUGGUACACUGGUUUGCGUAGCCACUGAUUUAUUAGCAUUAGCUGUACUUAAACCUCCAAGCGAGUUUGGAGUCGACAUAUGCGUUGGUACGAGUCAACGUUUUGGUGUGCCGCUUGGGUACGGAGGUCCUCAUGCUGGAUUUUUUGCAUGUCGGCAAAAAUUGGUGCGUUUGAUGCCUGGUAGAAUGAUCGGAGUUACAAAAGAUUCGUGUGGUCGGGAUGCGUAUCGUUUGGCUCUCCAAACACGCGAACAACAUAUCAGAAGAGACAAAGCUACUAGCAAUAUUUGCACCGCACAAGCAUUAUUGGCAAACAUGUCUGCAAUGUAUGCAGUGUACCACGGACCCGAAGGCAUAAGAAAUAUUGCGAACAAAGUACACUCUUUGACUCUGAUUCUCGCAAAAGGAUUGGAAAAUGCAGGGAACAAAAUAGAAAAUGAAUAUUUUUUCGAUACUGUCAAAGUACUGCCUAAAAUACCUAUAAAGACUAUUCAGCAAAAUGCAAAAGCAUUUAAAAUAAAUUUUAGAUAUUAUAAUGAUGGAGUUGGGAUAUCUUUGGAUGAAACUACUACAGUUCAGGACAUAAAUGAUAUCUACAAAAUAUUUUCUGUAGAUACGACCGUUGAAGAAGUGUGUCAAAAUGAAUCUUAUACGAACAAAAGUCUCAAUGAAUCACAGUUUGUUCGCACUACACCAUAUUUACAACAUCCUAUAUUCAAUAGUCAUCAAUCUGAAACCAGAAUCGUUCGAUAUAUGAAGUCUUUGGAAAAUAAAGAUGUAUCUCUCGUACAUAGCAUGAUACCAUUGGGGUCCUGCACUAUGAAAUUAAAUUCUACCACAGAAAUGAUGCCCUGCAGUUUUCGAGGAUUCACAGAAAUACAUCCUUUCGUUCCUGUCGAACAAGCCAAAGGAUAUCAACAGCUGUUUGCCGAAUUGGAACAAGAUCUUUGUGCUAUAACAGGCUACGACAGUAUAAGUUUUCAACCGAAUAGCGGAGCUCAAGGAGAAUAUGCUGGAUUGAGAGCUAUACAAUGUUACCAUGAAUCUAAUGGAAACAAGCACCGACAAGUAUGCUUGAUUCCUAUUUCCGCACACGGUACCAACCCUGCUUCAGCUCAAAUGGCUGGCAUGCAAGUGAAGCCUAUUUUGGUACAGAAAGACGGUUCUGUAGAUAUUGCACAUCUAACAGAAACGAUUGACAAAUAUCGGGAGACAUUGUCCUGUUUAAUGAUAACGUAUCCAUCUACGAAUGGCGUGUUUGAAGAGUCGAUUAGCGAUAUUUGUUCAAUAGUUCAUCAAGCUGGAGGGCAAGUGUACUUGGAUGGAGCUAACAUGAAUGCCCAAGUUGGGUUGUGUCGUCCAGGUGAUUACGGUAGUGACGUUUCCCAUUUGAACUUGCAUAAAACUUUCUGUAUACCUCAUGGUGGAGGAGGGCCUGGAAUGGGACCUAUUGGGGUUAAACGACAUCUUACACCUUUUCUUCCAUCGCAUCCUGUGAUCGAUUGUUUGGGUAACGGUAACAAUGAUAUAAAACGAUUUGGUACGGUGUCAGCUGCACCUUUUGGAUCGUCAGCUAUUUUACCAAUUUCGUGGGCGUAUAUAAAGAUGAUGGGUCCUAAAGGAUUACGAAAAGCCACGCAAGUUGCAAUUUUAAAUGCCAAUUACAUGAGUAAACGUUUGGAGAAGUAUUAUAAGACUUUAUAUAAAGGAAAUACAGGAUUAGUAGCACAUGAAUUCAUUCUGGAUAUACGAGAAUUCAAGAAAACGGCUAACAUUGAAGCUACAGAUAUCGCGAAAAGAUUGAUGGACUAUGGCUUUCAUGCCCCGACAAUGAGUUGGCCUGUAGCAGGCACAUUAAUGAUAGAACCAACUGAAUCUGAAGAUAAGAAAGAACUAGACAGAUUUUGCAAUGCUCUUAUUUCUAUAAGGCAGGAAAUUAAUGACAUUGAAAAUGGAAAACUAGAUAUCGUCAAAAAUCCAUUGAAAAUGGCGCCACAUACGCAAGAGCAAGUGAUAUCGAGUACUUGGGAUCGACCGUACUCGCGAGAAUUGGCGGCAUUUCCAGCUCCAUUUGUAACAGGAAGUAAUAAAAUUUGGCCAAGUGUUGGGAGAAUAGAUGAUAUAUACGGUGACAAGAAUCUAUUUUGUACGUGCCCCCCAGUUUCAGUCUAUCAAUAAGCGUUUGUAAUUAUUCAUCCUGUACAGUUAGUUAUAGAACUAUUUAAAUAUUUAUUGUAAUUUUUUGUACAAACAUAUUAUUUAUAUAAAAUGUUAUACUUUUACAAGCAGACAAAAUAUAACAGAGACU